AAGGUCCAGCUAGUGUUUCUAGUUGUGGGGGCUAAGCUAUCCUUGUUGGGCUGAGCAAUAGUUGGGUUGAGUAGUUCUUGGGCUGAGCACUUCAUCAAAAGUUCAUUCUUUAGUGCAGUGUACAUUUCCUCUCAAAAAAAAAGUGCAGUGUACAUUUGUGCGCAAGUGGAGUGCAGAUCAAAAUUCAAAUGAUGUAGAAAGAAACACACACUGAAUAUCCAUGAUGCCAAGCACAUACAGUACAUGAUUAGACAAAGGAUGGUUAAAAAGUUAAACCUUUAAUGUCUGUAAAGUUUUCACAUGAUGCCAAGCAAAGCACAAAGUUUCAGUAUAGCCCCGAAUUCUGUUCCAACAGAUUCUCAGGUAGUUGAUCAUCAUUGGUUUCCUCCAAAUUCAGCUUCGCAAGUCCCCAUUCAACCAAAAGCACGUACAUACAUCAGUGACCACUUUGCAUUGGCAGCUUGCCUCUUCAACUUUCUCUCAGUGAAUAUAUAUACACAAGCUCCACAAGAAAUUGUAAUUUAGAGUAAUCAAGAAUGGCAUCCAGAAACCAUCUCCAUCUCUGGGCCGCCGUGCUCCUCGCCGUCCUCGCCGCCGCCGCCGAAGCCGCCAGGUCCCCGAGUUGCUGCGUGCCGGGGCAGGCCAUCCCCCUCCGCCCGCUCCCGGGCUGCCGCUGGUACGUGGCCAGCCGGACCUGCGGCGUGGUGCCGCGGCUGCCGCCGGAGGUGAUGAAGGCGAUGUGCUGCCGGCAGCUGGAGGCCGUCCCGGCGGAGUGCCGGUGCAAGGCGCUGCGGCUGAUGGUGGAGGACACGUCCCGGUCGGCGGGCCUCAGGGGCCAGGUGUGCUGGCACGCGCAGGCCGAGUUCGCCCCCGCCGUCGUCACGGAGGCGGAGUGCGGCCUGACCACCAUCCAUGGCCGCCCCUUCUGCGACGCGCUCAGCGCCGAGUCCUGAUCGAGAUCCAUGGGGGAAAAAACUGCAGCGAGCUCAUGAUCGAAUAAGCGUGGCAUGGAUAUGCACGUGUGCGUUAAAUAAUAAA